AUGCAUGCGAAGAGAUGGGAACCAACUAUAUUCCUUCGCGCCCCGAUAUCGUGGAUCUCCACAUCCACACCCCUCUCCCCCAAAUCAGAUCCCAAUGAAUCCACCGCAUCCUCAUCCCCACCCUCACCAUCCCCCACUCCCCGCCCCAGCAAACCCCAAUACAGACUCAUCGAAGACGUCGAAGCCCUACACCGAUACCGCCCCGGCGGCUCCCCCCCUCUCCAAGUCGGGGAUCACUUAGCGGAAGACCGAUACCAGCUAGUCCACAAACUCGGCUCUGGGGGCUACUCGACCAUCUGGCUCGCCCGUGAUCUCCGGGAGGCCCGCUAUGUCGCCGUGAAGACGAUUACCGCGGACGCCAGCGAUGACACGCCGGAAGCUACGCUUCUACAUUCUCUUGGGCCAUUGCCACCUCGACCGGGAAAGGAAGUGUUCCCGCCCCUUCUGGACGAUUUCUGGGUUGCUGGGUGCAAUGGCCGGCAUUGGUGUGUGGUGACGCCGCCGGCGCGGAUGAGCGUGUUCGAUGCCAAGGAGGUUUCAACCUUCGGUCUGUUCCGGCCCCGGGUCGCGCAAUCGAUGAUCGCCCAGCUCAUUCGCGGGGUCUCAUUCCUCCACAGUCUGGGGGUUGUGCAUGAUCUGCAUCUAGGCAAUAUUCUGGUUCAGUUUCCCACGUCCCUCGACAGUAUCGCCCCGUCAGAACUGUACGAGCGGUACGGCGUCCCCGAGUCUGAAGAGGUUGUUCGUCUCGACGGCAAGCCUUUGGCGGAGGGCGUCCCCGCCCGCGUCUUUGUGCCGGGGUGGUUCGGCCCGCCUGAGGCGAGAUUCUCCGACGAGCCGCUCUCCUUCGCCUCGGACAUCUGGACGCUCGCUUGUACGAUUUGGGAAAUCCUCGGGCAACGCCCGCUGUUCGAGACGUUCUUCCCGAGUCCGGAUCGGGUGACGGCGGAGCAGGUCGAAGUGCUCGGGAAGUUACCGGAUGAGUGGUGGGGGAAGUGGGGGAGGAGGUUGGACUGGUUCAGUGAAGAGGGCGAACUGGAUCUGCGGAGGUUUGAGGAUAGUGUGCAGAAGCCGCGGGCUGAGGUGGGCUUCGGGCAAGUGGCGUAG